CCCACCAAAGUGCUCGCGGUCCGUCUCCCACGCCCCACAUUUCUGUCGCCGCGCAGCCUUCGCCGUCAGAAGACGGGCGUGAGUGAGGAUGGCGAGGCCGCAGUGCUGCGCGAACCCGCCGACGCUGAACCCCGCCGGCGGGGAGGGCAGGGUCGUCGACGACGGCUUCGGCGGGAUCGCGGCGUACGUCGCUGGCUCCACCGAGUCCAAGGCCGCAGUGAUCCUCAUCUCCGAUAUCUUCGGUUUUGAAGCGCCAAAUCUGAGGAAGAUAGCUGAUAAAGUCGCUUCGUCCGGAUACCUGGUUGUGGUGCCAGAUUUCUUACAUGGGGAGCCAUAUUCACACGAAAACGCCGAUAGACCAUUUCCAGCGUGGAUAAAGGAUCAUGCCCCGGAAAAGGAAUUUGAAGAGGCAAAACGAAUAAUUGCCACUCUAAAGGAACAAGGAGCGUCUAGUAUUGGGGCUGCGGGUUAUUGCUGGGGUGCAAAGCUAGUUACCGAGUUAGCGAAGGCUAAUGAGAUCCAAGCAGCUGCUAUGUCACACCCUUCUUUUGUUAGUGUUGAUGAUAUAAAAGAGACGAAAUGCCCCAUUGCCAUACUUGGAGCUGAAACAGACUUUAUGUCCCCACCUGAAUUGGUCAAGCAGUUCGAGCAGAUUUUGUCCGACUCAGGGAUUCGUCACUUUGUCAAGAUCUACCCUGGUGUGUCCCAUGGGUGGACUGUGAGAUACAACAGCGAUGACGCAUCUGCUGUCAAGUGGGCCGAGCAAGCCACGGUGGACAUGACCAGCUGGUUUAACGAGAACCUGAAGUAGCAGCCCCAAUUUGGGAGUCUGCUUAUGUAUCCACUGAAAUGUGCUCCCACCGUUCUAUAUUUUUUUUUGUGAAUCAAAUGUAUAUAGACACCUUUUAGCAUGUUUGUUCACUUACUUUGGUCCGUACGUAUUCUAUAUUGAAAUAUCCGAAACAUCUUAUAUUUAUGAACAGAGGAAAUAGUAUUGUACUGUAACGAAAUGUGAUAUUUGUGUUAAACAUUGUAUUAUGACGUGUGCGUGUGUAUGGUUGUUGUAAUAUGGUUAGGCUUAGAGAUAUGAUCCCAUAGUUUGUUAGAU